CGGCGGCGUCGGCGGAGCGGCGGAGCCAUGCCCACCAGCUUCACGGUGGUGCCCGUGGAGGGCAGUGCCGACGGCGGGGACGCAGCGGCCGAGCGCGCCGACGCGCCCGGGGACCCCGACGGCCCCGGACCCGACGGCUGCAGCCCGGGUGAUGGCGGUGCACGGGAAAGCAGCCCAUUCAUGGGGGCCGCGGCACUGGAUGGGGACAGCCUGCUGGAAGGCAAGAACAUGGCCCUUUUUGAGGAGGAGAUGGACAGCAACCCCAUGGUGUCCUCGCUGCUCAACAAGCUGGCCAACUACACCAAUCUCAGUCAGGGCGUGGUGGACCACGAGGAGGCUGAGGAAAGCAGGCCACGCGAGUCCAAGGCCCCCUGCAUGGGCACCUUCAUUGGCGUCUACCUGCCCUGCCUGCAGAACAUACUGGGCGUCAUCCUCUUCUUGCGUCUCACCUGGAUCGUGGGCGCUGCCGGCGUGCUUGAAUCCUUCCUCAUCGUGGCCAUGUGCUGCACCUGCACAAUGCUGACAGCCGUCUCCAUGAGCGCCAUCGCCACCAAUGGCGUUGUACCAGCUGGGGGCUCUUACUACAUGAUCUCCCGCUCACUGGGGCCCGAAUGUGGCGGCGCUGUCGGCCUCUGCUUCUACCUGGGGACGACCUUCGCCGGGGCCAUGUACAUCCUAGGCACCAUUGAGAUCUUCCUGACAUACAUCUCACCGGGCGCAGCCGUGUUCCAAGCAUCCACGCCCGAGGGUGAGGCAGCUGCAUUGCUGCACAACAUGCGGCUCUACGGAUCCUGCACAUUGGCCCUCAUGGCCGUGGUGGUCUUUGUGGGUGUCAAGUACGUCAACAAGCUGGCCCUGGUCUUCCUGGCCUGCGUUGUGCUGUCCAUCCUGGCCAUCUAUGCUGGUGUCAUCAAGACAGCCUUCGAUCCCCCUGACAUCCCGGUGUGCCUCCUGGGGAACCGCACACUGGCCCGACGUGGCUUCGAUGUCUGUGCCAAGAUGCACGUGGUUGGCAAUGGCUCUGCUCCCACAGCCCUCUGGGGCCUCUUCUGUAAUGGUUCCAGCCAGUCCCUCGCCUGCAACGAGUACUUUACUCUCAACAACCUCAGCGAGAUCCAGGGCAUCCCUGGUGUGGCCAGUGGUGUGCUCCUUGACAACCUAUGGAGCUCCUACUCAGACCGGGGGGCCUUCGUGGAGAAGAAGGGAGUGGCCUCAGUGCCAGCGCCUGAGGACCGUCGGUCUGGGGCGCUGCCCUAUGUGCUAUCAGACAUUACUACCUACUUCACCAUGCUGGUGGGCAUCUACUUCCCCUCCGUGACUGGCAUCAUGGCUGGCUCUAACCGGUCCGGGGACCUCAAGGAUGCACAGAAGUCCAUCCCCACGGGCACCAUCUUAGCCAUCGUGACCACAUCCUUCAUCUAUCUGUCCUGCAUUGUGUUGUUUGGGGCCUGCAUUGAGGGCGUGGUCCUGCGAGACAAGUUCGGGGAAGCCCUGCAGGGGAACCUGGUCAUCGGUAUGCUGGCCUGGCCGUCCCCCUGGGUUAUUGUCAUCGGCUCCUUCUUCUCCACCUGUGGUGCUGGACUGCAGAGCCUGACCGGGGCACCCCGCCUGCUGCAGGCCAUUGCCCGAGAUGGCAUCAUUCCCUUCCUGCAUGUCUUUGGCCACGGGAAGGCCAACGGGGAGCCCACCUGGGCGCUGUUGCUCACGGCUCUCAUCUGUGAGACUGGCAUUCUCAUUGCAUCCCUGGACAGCGUGGCCCCCAUCCUCUCCAUGUUCUUCCUCAUGUGUUAUAUGUUCGUGAAUCUGGCCUGCGCCCUUCAGACCCUCCUGCGAACACCCAACUGGAGGCCACGCUUCAAGUAUUACCACUGGACCCUGUCCUUCCUGGGUAUGAGCCUGUGCCUGGCCCUUAUGUUCAUCUGCUCCUGGUACUAUGCGUUGUCAGCCAUGCUCAUCGCCGGCUGCAUCUAUAAGUACAUUGAGUAUCGUGGGGCUGAGAAGGAGUGGGGUGAUGGCAUCCGGGGCCUCUCGCUGAACGCUGCCCGUUACGCCCUUCUGCGUGUGGAGCACGGCCCUCCCCACACCAAGAACUGGAGGCCCCAGGUGCUGGUGAUGCUGACCCUGGAUGAUGAGCAGGGUGUAACACACCCACGCCUGCUGUCCUUCACCUCCCAACUGAAGGCCGGCAAGGGCCUGACCAUCGUAGGCUCCGUGCUGGAGGGGACCUAUCUGGAUAAGCAUGUGGAGGCCCAGCGGGCUGAGGAGAACAUCCGGGCGCUGAUGGGGGCCGAGAAGAUGAAGGGCUUCUGCCAGCUUGUGGUGUCCUGCAGCCUGAGGGAUGGCACCUCACACCUCAUCCAGGCAGCCGGCCUGGGUGGCAUGAAGCACAACACGGUGCUCAUGGCCUGGCCUGAGACCUGGAAGCAGCCAGACAGCCCCUACUCCUGGAAGUACUUUGUGGAGACGGUCCGGGACACCACGGCGGCCCAACAGGCCCUGCUGGUGGCCAAGAACAUUGACCUGUUUCCACACAACCAGGAGCGGCUGGGCGAGGGCAGCAUCGACGUAUGGUGGGUGGUGCAUGACGGGGGCAUGCUCAUGCUGCUACCCUUUCUGCUGCGCCAGCACAAAGUGUGGCGCAAGUGCCGGAUGCGCAUCUUCACAGUCGCACAGGUAGAUGACAACAGUGUCCAGAUGAAGAAGGACCUCCAGACGUUCCUGUACCACCUGCGCAUAAGUGCUGAGGUGGAGGUGGUGGAGAUGGUGGAGAACGACAUCUCGGCCUUCACCUAUGAGAAGACGCUGCUGAUGGAGCAGAGGUCACAGAUGCUGAAGCAAAUGCAGCUGACAAAGGGCGAGCGGCAGAGGGAGGCCCAGCUGAUCCAUGACAGGAAUACAGCAUCCCAUACUGCAGCUGCCUCCAGGGCACAGGCCCCACCCACACCUGACAAGGUGCAGAUGACCUGGACCAAGGAGAAGCUGAGUGCAGAGAAGCACAGGCACAGGGAUGCCGGUGGGGCGGGCUUCAGGGAGCUCUUCAGCCUGAAGCCAGAAUGGGGAAACCUGGACCAUUCCAAUGUCCGGCGGAUGCACACGGCCGUGAAACUCAAUGGUGUGGUCCUCAGCCGAUCCCAGGAUGCCCAGCUGGUCCUGCUGAACAUGCCCGGCCCCCCCAAGAACCGGCAAGGGGAUGAGAACUACAUGGAGUUUCUCGAGGUCCUGACUGAGGGGCUGAACAGAGUCCUCUUGGUGAGGGGUGGUGGCCGGGAGGUGAUCACCAUCUACUCCUGACACAGGACAGUGAACGAGAAGUGACCACCAUCUAUCUGCUCCUAACACGGGACAGUGGCCAAGAGGUGGUCACCAUCUACUCCUGACAGAAUAGCAGCUGGGAGGUGGUCACCGUCUGCUCCUGACAUGGGUCAGUGGACAGGAGGUAACCACCAUCUAUGCCUGAUACAGGACAGCAGCCAGAGGUUGGUCACUAUUUACUCCUGAUAUUGGACAGUGGCCAAGAGGUGGUCACCAUCUAUUAACACAGGACAGUGGACAGGAGGUGACCACCAUCUACUCCUAACAUAGGACAGCAACCAGGGGUGACCAACCAUCUACUCCUGACACAGGACAGCAGCCAGGGGGUGACCACCAUCUGCUCCCAACACAAGACAAUGGCCCAGGAAAUCAGCGGUCUAGGCUGGGGUUGGACUAGGGAACAGUGUGGGAAUACACCUAUUGCUCUGUGAGCUGUGCUGGCUGCUCUAGUUUCCUGCAGAAGCUGUCAGGCCUGUCUUUGGGGUUCCUCCCAAGGCAAGUGACUGGGAGCACCCACCCCUCCCCCCAUCCAUAGCACCCAUGAAGCACAUGUACCUCCUUGUGGCAAAGGUGCAGCGCAACAUCCCCUCUGACCUCUGGUCCUCUCCCUGUCUGGGGUACAAGGAGCUGUGGACGUCCUGCCUGCACCCCAGUUGCCUAAGUGGGCCCAAGAUCCACACCACCCCAUCUACAUGCCACAGCCUGGAGUCAGUGGGCAGGGAGCCUGGCUUUUCACAUCCACUGUUGGGUGGGUAUGUGGGGCUGUGCCCACCACCUCUGGUGUGCCCCAGUCCAGGACCACGUGAGGCCUCAUGCAGAUGUGUGUGCUGGAGCCAUGGGGCACCUGGCAAGCCAUGUGCUUAAGGAGAGUCUUCAGGGCCAUCCAUGGCAGCCAUGAGCACACCUGUACAGCUCAGCCUAUGAAGUAUGCAUGACUCACGGCAGCUGUAAGCAUGUGUGUGCAGGAGCUCAGCCUGUCACAGGUGUCAACCUUCACUACCUAGGGCAGGACCUCUUAGUCCAUCCAGCUGUCCUGAAUGUAAACAGUUUGCCCAGUUGUCUUUGGUGUCCACAGUUCCACAGACACCACCAGGCCCCACUAUCAGGUGUCUGCGUGCCAAGGUCCCCAUGACAUGCAGGCAUGGAAUGGCAUGACAGGACAUGGGGCCGCACUUGCUGAAUGACGUAUUUAUUUAUUUAAGCCCUUGGUGUCCACAGGCCCUAAGGGCAUCCAUCUGGGCAGCUGUGCUUCCAGAAGUUAGCUGGGCUCCAUCCAGCUGCUGGUUGCUUCCUUUCACAAUGCCUCAUCUUUGUAGGUUUUGUUAGAGAAAUAAAGUCCAGGGCACUUGGUAUCUUGAAGAGUUGUGUGUCUUGGUCAGUGGUCAGCAGGCAUAGGCACAAGAUAGACUCACCCCCUCUCCCACAUCUGGAGAGCUUUGGUUCAGACCCUUCAGCCAAAUCACCUAAGGCUGAAGAAUCAUUGUCAAAAGCACCUAUUGGUCUGAGAGCACCAUCCUGUACUAAGGAGGCCUGUGGGGUACUGAGGGGCAGCCUGGAUUCAGCAUGCUGCCAUGGACAAGCCCUACCUUACCCCUCCUUGGCUGAAUGCCUCAGCCAUGGAAAGCUUCUGGCAGUACUAGGAGCUCUGUCAAUGAUGACAGCAGACACACAUCCCUGAGACAAUGGAAUGUAGUGUGGGCCAGGGCCAUGCUGCCUAGCUUGUAACCACUGGCUUGGCCACAGGAAAUGACCAUAAGGUCACAGAAGCUGGUCAUCCAAGUCUGGACACCAGGAUGGGCAGAGGCCUGAGGUGGCCACCCUAUUCUAUAACCUCAACUCCAAGUGCUGUCCCCCCAGCCUUGAGACUGCUCUGCGGAGUCCGGGAAGGGUGUCUGCCUCCUGUAGUGAUGAUGCACCUGGCCUAGGCCCUUCUGUGGUUCCUGGGACCUGUCUACCCCAUGAACCCAUGGGAGCAGUGGCCCUCAGAUGGACCAGCCCAAGUGCAAAGAACAUAGCUGUGACCAAUGAGGGAAGGCAGAGGUAGCCCCCAGAGGCCUGGGGAGACAUCUGGCUGGGCUAUUUCUAUCCAGCUCUCUGCCAAGGACAGUGGGACCUGAGAGGCUUCUGCAAGGCUGGCUGUAUGGGCAGGGCCACGACACCAACUUGACCUUUGCAGCCAGGACCCUUGGAUUGUGUCUCCCCUUCCGGUCACAGGGCUGGGCCUGUCAUCAGGAAACUUGGUGGCCAAGGUCAUGAUCAGCUCAGCUGCAUGGACAGGGCCUGAGGUCAGUUUUUCCUGGAACCCACCUGAGGGCCUUUCUGGGCAGGCAGAUGGAGCUGCCCAGGCUCAUGGUCACUCAGCAGCCACCUGCUGUAGACACCCCUGUGGGCGUCCCUCCCUACAGGCUUGUGGGGUACCACACUAGCUCCACACUUGUUUGUCCCCACACCAGGCACCAAGGGUAAUCCCUUCAAAUCCCCCUUCCUGCCAUGCUACUCCAUGGUCCUGCCCUGGGGGAUGCAUUUCCACAAUGGUUCUGGGGCUGGACCAUGUCCUUGGGACAAAUCCUCCAUAUAGAUCAUCCCUACUACACUUGACCUGGAUGGGACAUGGAAAGAGGCCCAGCCACGGAUGCCACAGCCACGUAUGGGGCCAGGCCCAAGGCAACACCUUCAACUGAAUGUAACACCCUAGUCCCUCUGCCCCUAGGAACACAGUGAUGAGCAGAUGCACUGCCAAGAAAGGGGGAACAUGGCACUGCCUGUAGGAUCCCAAUUGGAUGCAGGGUGGUUUGGGGGUCCCUGAAGCAAGGCAGGGGACCUACCACACACACUGGCCUCCUGAGAUAGUACAGACCUGACACCCCCUCUGUCCCACACUGGGGAGGGGGUGCUGACCACAUGGCUUGGCUGACUUGUGCCUGACUGCUCACAUGUGCUGUGCCUAGAGAAGACCCUCAGUGACCAAUGGACCUUCCACAAGAUACCCACUGGGAUCCAGCUCACCCAAGUCUGUCUUGCAGCUGACCAGAGUCAGGCAGGCCCCUGGCCUGGUCCCACCUGUGUUCCCCAGAACUCUGCCCCACAUUCCACAUCCUGCUGUGGUCAGCGCUGUCCCUAGGAAGACAACCCAGCACCAAGGAAAGCUGCCCACCUGCCCCCAACAUGGUGACAAAUCAGUCACCAGGGACCAGAACUCUCAGGCCCCUUCUCCAGCUAGAACUCACUGGAGCCAGGAACAACGCAGACAUAGGUGAUAUUCCCACAUGGCGGUCACUGGGAGGUCACACAGCCACUUGUGCACAAGCUUAUGUGCACAUAGCUUCAACAAGCGGGCACAGUCCUUUCUACCUGUGCCCUGUGUCCCAAUGAUGCUGCCUGCUUGGCUGGAGCCCAGCUGCUUGGAUAGGUGCUGGUGAUGCUGGUGGUGGUGGAGGAUCAUGGGCAGUGUGUAGCCCUUGCCCAUCAGCAUUAGGGGUCAACUCCUGUGCCACUUUAUGGCCUAUGGUGGCCGCCCUGUGUACAGCCUUGAGUGACAAGUGGCCCUCCCUGCCCUACUGCUGGUGCCACUUGUAGCCACAGGACAGUGGUGGGGGCUGAAGAGGGUGGGUGCCAUCCUUGGGAUUGGCAGGUAGCAACUAGGCCUCACCCACCCAGAUCUUUGGGAGACUUGAGAAGUAACUUCUCUGGUGGGGGCUGCACAUCCAGUAUCUGGGUUCUGUUGGCGUGUGUGUUCGACUCUUGUGAGGUCUGCAUUACCUGAGACCUUGAGGGCACAGGGCACAGGGAUGCUGGGUUAGAGGAUGUAAGAGGGUACCAGAAAUGAAUUUCAGACGGCAUGAAAUCUGUGUCCAUGUAUGGACUCUCAGCAUGUGGCCAUACUACACCUGUGUGCCCCAACACGUGCUUGUACUGUACAACCUGUGUGCCCUCAGCAUGUGUAUGUCCUGCUCACCUGUGCCCUCAGCAUGUAUAUAUCCUCCAUACCUGUGCCCACAGCAUGUAUAUGUCCUGCACACCUGUGCCACAGGCACUUAUGUAACCUGCACAUGUGUACCCCAAGGCAUGUGUAUAUACUGCACAUGUCUUCCCACAGCACGUGUAUAUCCUGCACCUCUGUGCCACAGGCACAUGUAUAACCUGCAUACCUGUACCCCAGCAUUUGCGUGCACUGAACAUGGUUGCUUACACACACACCGCUUCUCAGUUUUGGGUCCUGUGUUCAGUCCACAGCUAGUGCAGACCUACUGUGUAUCCCUCUGACCUGGCCCUCCACAGUAAGACAAACCACAGGAAAGCACCUCAUGCCUUUGGACCACUCUGCGUGUGCCCACCCCAAGGGUCAUGAAGCUCACAGCACAGCCAGGGCACCUUCAACAUGCCCACCCAGGGAGCCACUGGAGUCCUCCUGUCUUCUCAAUCUCCCAACAGAGCCACAGAAAUGUGCAUAGCUUCCGUUAUUUUCCCUCAGAAGCCCUUUGGUGGGCAGCACAGCAUGUGAGGUUGAGACAAGGGU